CGAGUCAUGGUCUGCAUGCUUGAGGGGCCGAGUGAUCCCACGUAUCAAACAGCAGUGGAGGACAUGACUGAAUGCAUCUUGAAAGCUGGCCAAGAGACGGCAUGGACGAACAAGGAAAAGAAGCACAAACGCGGAAACUUUCCUGCCUUAGCCAGAGGAAUUUCAUAUGGGAAGGGGCAGCAUCAACCCAUGCGCUUGGUAGGAGACCGCCAACCCAUGAUGGAUGAGUUAUUCAAGAAAGACUGCUUUCGUCGAGUUGCGGGCUUUCAGAGCAGUGCUUUUGCGACAUGGUUCCCAAGAAAUUAUGCCGAGCACUUACGGCUUAAUUCAGAGCUUGAACUAAAGUUGCCUCACCUGAGGCGCAACUUCGACAACAGCGUAUAUCUCUGCAUGACUGUCAAUUUUGGACCUUCCACAUGGACGCACAUACACACGGAUUCAAAGAACGACGUGCGUGUCCCAUGUGCUAUAACAACGGGGGGAAAGUACAACUAUAAGCAGAGUGGUCAUCUUGUUCUUUGGGAUUUCAAGCUCAUUCUAGAAUUUCCCCCUGGAGCUACGAUUCUCCUACCUUCGGCUUUAAUCCGCCACUCAAAUCUCCCAACAGCACCUGGCGAGACACGUAUCUCAGUCACUCAAUACACUGCAGGGGGUGUCCGUCGAUGGCUGGAGUACGGCGGCAGAACAGAGGAGGAAUUUCGUUCAGAGGACCCUCAGAAAUUUAUGGAGGCAUGGGCUAAACGGAGUUCAGGCUGGAAGGAAGGCUUAAAUUUGUUUUGUACAUUAGAUGAACUCAAGGCGUGCACUUUUUGA